UUAAAAAAAAAAAACCUUUACAGAAAACACCUCUGCCAUUCUUUUCCAAUCUAAAGACAAAACAUCUCUCAAUUAAGCUUUUUCACUAAAUCUCCGCCAUGCCGACCACCUCCUCCUCCUCCUCUUCCGCCGCCUCUUCCUCCGGCAAUCGUCAAGCCGAUGUCUUCUCCCGUCUCGCUUCCUCUGACCCCGAAGUCAAGCUCAAGGCCCUCCGCUAUGUCAAGAACCAGAUCAUCGGAAACCGAACCAAGAAGCUCUCUUUCCUCAAACUCGGAGCUGUUCCCGCCAUAGCCUCCGCUCUCUCCGAUUCAGAUUGCCACAACAACAGCAGCAUCCUCGUCCAAUCCGCGGCGGCGCUCGGGAGUUUCGCUUGUGGGUUUGAAGCCGGAGUUCAAGCCGUUCUCGACGCCGGAGUCUUCCCUCGUCUCCUUCGUCUUCUCACUAGCUCUGACGAAAAGGUAGUAGAUGCGGGGGCUCGUUCGCUUAGGAUGAUAUUUCAAUCCAAUCAAGCUCCGAAGUACGACUUCCUCCAAGAGAAGAACAUGGAGUUUCUUUUCUCCUUGCUGAACAGCGAGAAUGAGAACGUUAGCGGUCUCGGUGCGAGCAUCAUCGCCCACGCUUGUGGAACAACUGUGGAGCAACAGGUUCUCUGCGACGCUGGUGUCCUGGAGAAGCUUGUUGUCCUUCUCGAUGGUUCUCUAAGCCAGAGAGAAGCUUGUCUCGAGUCCUUAGCCACGGUUUUGAAGAGUAACCCUGAAGCUGUCUCGCGGUUCGUUGGACUUGAGGCUGGGAGAUAUUUGAGUUAUGUAACUGAGUUAACGAAGGAUAGGUAUCCGAGGACGAGGCUGCUUUCUUGUCUUUGCUUAGUUGUCAUAUACAACACGUCACCGUCUUAUUUCCUAAACAUGGGGACCAAAUCGAGCUUGGUAACUACUCUGCUUGAGCUUCUUAACGACCCUGGUCAAUCUGGAGACGAGGCUGCCUUGGGUUUAUCUUCUCUGAUCGCUGAAAAAGAAGAUCUGCAGAAACUGGCUUACGAGGCAAAUGCGAUCAAGAACAUUGUUGACAUCUUGAAGACAGGUAGUGAGCUUAAUCCUAAACGUCUUCAGGGUUUGUUUUUCUCUCUAGCUGAGUUGUGUUCCAAGCUUGAGGAUUGCAGGUGCAGCUUCCUGUCAUUGGAGGUGUUGGAUCUGCUGGUUAAUGCGCUUAGACACAAGAACGCUGAUGUAAGAACUGCAGCGUGUAUUUGCUUUAGAAACGCAGCUAGAUCAGUCAAGAAUCUGAGUGCAGGACGUUUCACCGCCGAUCAUGUUAUGCUUCCUUUGGUUCAGUUGUUGCAUGAUCCAUCUUCCUCUGUUCAGGUUGCAGUACUUGGUGCUCUGAGCAAUAUAGUAUUGGAUUUUUCAUCACCUAAGUCAACAUUCAUAGAGUAUGGAGGUAUAAAACAGCUAAUUGAGCUGUCGAAAUCAAUGGAUCCAAAUGCUCGGUGUAGUUCUUUGCGGGCGCUGAGGAAUCUCAUGUUCCUUGCAGACAACAAACGUAAAGAGCUUUUCUAUUCAGAGGUCAAGGCUCAAGGAUUUGCUUCCCUUAUCAGUGAUCCUGAGCCUUCGGUUCAAGAGCAAGCUGUGGCCCUCCUACGUAAUCUUGUUGACGGAUGUCUCAACUCCAUUGAGUUUGUAUUUGAUGAAGAUGGUCUUAUCUUAGAUACUGUUGGAAGGCAGUUGAGAAAAGCUCCACAAGCUCAAAUGGCAAUACAGGGUAUGUAUGUGCUCACAAAUGUAGCGAGUGGUACAGAGCUACAUAAAGAAGCGGUUAUGCAGCAGCUGUUUCCUCAACCACAAGCUGAGUCAAACAACUUCAUGCUUAAGUUUUUACAGAGCCAUGAGAGCCAGUUACGGUCAGCGACAGUGUGGACAAUCAUUAACCUCAUUAGUCCUUCAAGUCCUGGUGCACUUGAUAGGCAUGUGAAGUUGCGUAAUGAGGGUAUCAUUCCUCAGUUAAAGAACAUGGUCAAUGAUGCCUGCCUUGAUGUUAAGAUUCGCAUCAGAACCGUGUUAAGCCAGUCGAUGUCUUUUGGUGAUAAUUAGCAAACGGAGAGAUAUUGUUAUUCCAUGUUCCACAGCCUAUACACAUUGAACAUAACCGAUAGCUUUGAUUCAAUUUUUCACCAUGUAGCAGAAAGAGAGACUUAGAGUUUAUGAUCAUCUUCAUGGAUUAUAUCUCCAGUUCCAGACACACCUAUCAUCCAACAGGUGAAAGCAGUCAGAAACAGUUUGUACAAUUACUUGUACCACAGUUAGCUUAGAUCCACCACAUUUUUGUUGUUGUCUCCUUUUUUUUUCUUUGAAAAGAACUUAAAUUGUUUGUAACAUUUGAGUUUAUAUUUAACAAAACAACAUUUAAGUUUUGUAUCAUUAUUUUUUGUUGACAAUACCAGGAAAGUAUGGUAAUGUGACCAGCUACAA